GUGCACUGCGUCAAUACACAUCACACACCAAAACAAUGGCAGACUUCGACACAAUUUAUGAAGAAAACGACGAAGAAUCAAAUAAUUCUGCCGAAUACGUGUUACCAGUGCCAGAUCCUAUAAUCAUAAGAGGUGCUGGUAACAUCACAUUGUUUGGAUUAAGCAACCGAUUCAAUGCAGAAUUUCCCACCCACCUAAACGGAAAGGUUGCCCCCGAGGAGUUUCGUGAGACAGUGUUGCGUAUCAACAGCACAUUGAAGAAGGCGUUGCCGGUGAACGUAAAGUGGCUAUUGUGUGGAUGUAUUUGCUGCUGCUGCACCCUUGGCUGCUCCCUCUGGCCCGUUGUCUGCCUUAACAAGAGGACGAGACAUUCAAUGGAGAAAGUUCUGGACUGGGAAAACAGCCAUUUAUAUCAUAAGCUUGGUUUACACUGGCGAUUAUCAAAGCAAAGAUGUGAUAGCAGCAGCAUGAUGGAAUAUGUGCUGGUUGUAGAAUUCAUUCCAAAAGUUUCCAUAUUGCGGCCUGACUGAGGACUGUCAUUGCCAUGGAGCUGUUGCCAGGGUACUGCAGCAUGGUUGCCAUGUCAACCAUUGUUACAGUAGUGUUCAUUCUCCACUGCCUUGUGAUGUAGACAAACCACCGGUUCCAAGCUUUACUGGGCUGGGCCAACACAAUCUCAGAACUUUUUUGUAACAGUUCGCUUUCAGGUUGACUAUAGUAUUUAUUUCUGUAUUUAUCUUUCUUGUACUUUAUUGAACAGUAAUUUUAUGUUUAUGCUUCAAAUCUUUUGAGAAUGUCUACAUUUUGUUAUGUUAUUGUUACAUGCUAUUUUAUGUGAUAUGCAUCCCUCCAUUUCAUAAGAUAAGAUUAAUUCUAUCAAUCUAUGAGAAAUAAAUGCAUGUCAGUUUGUGGCUUAAACUGAAGGAUUUUCUGUUAGUCUUUUAAACUGUUCAUGUGACACAUACAUUGACUCACCUGGAGUUAUGUUCUUUCAAGACAUUUCAAAAAAGAGAAAGUUAAAUAUAUAGAUAUUUGCAUGUUUAUGAAUUCUAUUUAUUCUUGUUUUAUAUUUUCUUGUGUGUUUUUUUCUUGAAUCAUAGAGGUACUAGCUUUUUUAAGAUAUAUAAACAAAAUUCAAUUGUAUGAGUUGAUCAGCAGCGCUGCAACCCCCAUUAUUUGGUGAAGGUGAAAUUUAUUGUGAUAGAACACUAAAACAAAUCAUUUACUUUUUUUAUUAUUUGCUUAAAAAAGAUCAAGAAUGACAAUUAAUUGUCCUGUUUCAGAAAAGGGCUCAAAUUGUAUGGGACUGUAGAGUAUGUACAUUUCGUAUAUGACUUCAUUGACAUUUUGUCCAAGCACUGUGUGCGCUCACAUUUGAUCUGGAGGUCGGUAGUGGGCUAAACUUUCAAAACAGGGAAAAAUAUCAAAUUAAAAUUUUCAGUUUUUCACUGUUUGAAACAGAAGGAAUUUUGUUGUCAUAAUAACCGAAUUGUGACCAUUUAAUUGUUGUUUGUGUUUGUAUCAUGAAAUUGUUGUAACUUCAUUGUUUUUUAAGGUUGACUGUUUUUUUGGUUUAACUCAUGACUUCUGUGUUAAGUUUAAGUAUCAAGUUUUAUAAUGUUACUCAUAAUACAACAAGAAACAAAAAAUCAUUCAUUUUCUUCAGAUACAAAAUGACAUUUGGUAAGCAGAGAUUUUUUUUUAUUUCGGCCUCAUUAAAGUUUGUAUCGGGAGCUAAUCAAUCUCCAUUCAGUACUGUUUAUGUCCUUUGUGUUUCUUUCAAGUGAAAGUACAAAGCUUAAGUUUACCUUAAAAGGUUGUAGCUCAUGAAUUUAAAAUAUAAAUAGUUACAAAUGUGAUAACAAGGAUUUGUUCAUAGUUUUGAUGGUUAACAAGUGCAAUAGAAAUUUACAAUCAAAUUUUGAAACAAAAACAAUGGCUACUAGAUGUCGAUGAUUACUAAUCCAAGAAUGAAUUUCCCUAAACAAACACUUUAUAUAUCCAUGUUCUUCAAACUGUAUGUAUGUUAUAAUAAUGGAAGGUUGAAAUUAUUUGUCUCAAUGAUUUAUGUUGAUCUCAGUGUAAGUUUGGACCAAUAUGUUUAGGGUUCAGUGCAAAACUGUUUUAUCAAGUAAAAAAUGUCAAAACAGUAUAGUAUAGUCUUCACACUUUUUGCAUAAUAGUCUCCCCUUUUCUCUAGUGUCAGCAUUGUUAGAAAACAUAAUUACCUGCUAAAAAGCUGUAAAGAUGUAAGACAUAUGAUUUGUCAUAUCCUCUCGUCAUACGGAACUUAAAUUUAAUGUAGCCAAUAUUUUUUUUCUGAAGUUCAUUUGUAUAAGAAAUAAUUUGUUAAAAAGGAAUGAUCACUUCAAUGCCUUUUUUGGUUGUAUGUUCAUGAACAACAUAUUUACUGCAUGGUUGGUGUUAUUAUGUGGAGGUUAGGGCUGUGUUAUGUUAUUGAUAACCGAUAUGUUUGCAAUACGGAACAGGAGUGAUAGGUACUAUCACCUACAUGUACAGGCAAUCAUAUCAAUAUUUUAUUUUGUGUUAUAUGACAUUUGUUUUAUCCAUUUUGAAUGUAUUCUAAUAGUGAUAGAUAUUUUCAUUGACAUUUUCGUUAUUAUGAACAAAAUCAUAAUUUUGUAUGUACAUGCAUUAACUUAUUAACACUUUUCAUCAGUUGAGGAAAUUGCCCAAUCAGAAAACAUGGAGAUUCCCUUUCUCUGAUUCCCAAUCGUGAAACAUUUGUGAAUUUGUUGCCCAAUCAUUUAUUAAAAUUGUUUUAUUAGUGAGGAUAUAAGUAUACAGACAAUCCAAAACCAUGGUUGUAUACUAAAAGGAUUGAUCUAAAACUUUAACAUUCAGAUUUCUUUUUAAAUUUACCCAUACUUGAGAUAUUGGGGACAAACAUGCGAUUGUUUUUAAAAUUUCAGUAGUAAUAGUAGAAACAUAAAACUGCAACAUUUCCAAAUUGGGAAACACUGAAUAAUGAUUUGAUUGUGCUCUUAUAAUGGCUAUCAGUCCAACAAGGCCCUUUGGUUGCAUUUGUCACAUGACUGUGACUCUUCUUGUUUUCACCCUUGUUAGGUUUUCCUUCCCCAUUGGGAAACAAGUGCUUCAAAAUAAUAAAACAUAGUGAAAAAGUCUUGAGAUAUAAAAAAUAAAUAAAUGAAUUGUAUAAUGUUUGUUCCCGAUUGGGAAACUCUGAAGGGGAAGCCCCUUGGUUUCCUAUUGGGCAAUUUCCAGCACUGUUCAUUAAUUAUCAUCGUCAAUACAAAUAUGCAAAGUCUGUAAGUACAAAUAAAUUAAUAAAUUACUGAUAUGCCAUAUUUUCAGGUAAUCAAAAAUUUGAAGUUGAUAAAAACAUGGAAUCUACAUUAAUUGCCAUGCAUUGUAUUUGUUAUUUUCAAACAAAACGCUGAUCAAAUAUCGUGAUAUGUGCACGCCAAUAAUUGUAGAAUACCAAUCCAUAUUGGAUUCUGGGAAAACCACAAAAAUGGCUUACUAGUCAGAUUUUGCAUCACAUGUUGCAAUACUUAGCGCAUCGUGCAUUUGUGUGUGCAGUGUGGAAAUUUUCAAUAUCUCCUUGAUUCAUGACAGUUUUGUUUGUAUUUUAGUCUUCUUGAUAGUAGAUUUUGCUGAAUUCAAUGCAAAAUGAAAAUUAUGAAAUAUUAAAUGUUAAAAAUGCA